GUCAUGCUAAACAGGUUCGCAAGAAAAACAGAUUCUAAAACAAAGCAAGGGCGAGAGCAGACAAAGAACACAAGCACGCCGAGCAGUCUUGCAGAGCAAUCAUGGAGGAGCAUUCAGAGACAUGCCCGGGAUGCUCUUCGCCGCAGCGCUGAUUGCCCAAUUCUUGAGCAAUACGAGGACAAAUUGCUUGGGUUUGUCGAUCACUUGGAGAAGGAGCCUGUUGAAGGCUCCAAAGAAGGGAACAUGGAAACCCUUCUUCUUCCGGUUCAGAGCGCUUAUCAUCGUCUGCUUAUCCAUGGAAUGUCACAGUUUUACGGGCUGCUGUCCACGACAGUCCAGUCCUCCGAUGGGAGGAAGGUGAUGGUCAUCCGCUCUCCAAAGCAACGAAAGGUCCCCUCUGCAGAGAAGUUUGAGACUCCGUCGUCGUCACCAGACCCGUCGCCCUCGACUUCGUCGUCGACGCCAAGCGCCAUAAGAGCUGCAUGUGGGAGAGAGCGGGCCCACAUGAAACUCUCAGUAUUUCUCACUGCAAGAGAGAGUCUCGUAUCUGCUGCUGCAUGAUGAAGGUGUGCGGGCCAGCAGCUGGUAUGUACGUUGACUCAUUUGUUGAAAAGAGCCUGCUGGCUCCUUGUGCCUCUCUUCCCUUCAGGUCAGUGUUCCCUCUCCGCACUCUGACCGGGAAGCUCCAUAUCCCUCACAUUGUGUUGACCAACCAGCGGUUGACCAUCUAGUGGUUGACCAGCCUAUGGUUAUGGUUGACCAGCCUAUGGUUAUGGUUGACCAGCCUAUGGUUAUGGGUUAUGGUUGACCAGCCUAUGGUUAUGGUUGACCAUAUAAUGGUUGACCAACCAGAGUUGAACAGCCUAUGGUUAUGGUUGACCAACCUCUGGUUGACCAGCCUAUAGUUGACCAUCUACGGCUGACCAUCGGACGGUUCAAACCAUCUGGUAGUUGACAGACUGUGGAGUAUGUGAAUGGGGCGGCAAAUGGAGGGGACCUUGUGGGCCUUACAAAUAGCCCACCAGUUAUACACACCUACACGGGGAGGUGUCUGCUCCGUUAUGUGGGCUUGCGCCCUCUCGUUUCCCACGGUCCUGACCAUAUUGGUGUGCUGCCUUUUGUGAUCCUCCAAAGAGUCUGAACUUAACUUCUCGGCGUAGUUACUGAUGUGCCAUUCCCAAUCCAAGCCAAUCCGAUUUCUCAUCAACAGCUUGUACCAUAUCCGUUCCUUUGUCCGUCUAGCAAUCCUUCCCUUACCUUCUUUUUCACCUCUUGUGCAUUGCAAGUGUGAGUCGUCUUUGUUUGAUAACAGUGAAGCUCUUAAUAUCACAGCCAAGAGCUAGAUGCCGAGCAUUGGCGAUGAUGGAAUUUGUAACGGGACUGGAGCCGUAUGCCAGGCGGCACUGUUCCAUCGCUUCUCCGAUUGCAAUUUGGUACACGGGGAUGAUGUUAUCCUCGGGCCAACUUCUCUGCAUUAGUAAACCCAGAGUUGGUUCGAACCCGUGGUCAUUCUGGUUUGUAUGAAACACAAUAAAAGUUAUGGGACUAGGAACACAUGGUGAAUCUGGCUUGUAUGAAACCCACAAUGCAAGUUCUCGAGUACGAACCUGUGGUGAAUCUGGUCUGUAUGAAACCCACAAUGCAAGUUCUCGAGUACAAACGAACCCAUGGUGAACCUGGUCUGUAUGAAACCCGUGAUGCAAGUUCUCGAGUACGAACCUGUGGUGAAUCUGGUCUGCAUGAAACUGGUGAUGCAAGUUCUCGAGCACAAACCUGUGGUGAAUGUGGUUUGUAUGAAACCCGCAAUGCAAGUUCUCGACUACAACUGUGAGGCGCGUGAAAAACUACUUACCUGUGGUGAUGCAUACAAGUUUGGACCUGGUAUGGACCACCUGCAAGUUGCGGACGGUAUUAUCUGCAGUCUUCCUUCAGCUGGUAUAGACCUGGCACAGGUGGAUUGGUGCUUGACACGCAGUCAUUGACAAGGAGUGCAGUUGUCGACGGCCCUGUCAAAGACCUGAUUGUGCAACGUACGCGCCGGUAAUUGUUAAAUGAGAUACAUUUCUGAGAUGGACGCAUGUGCGAGGUCUGGUAUAAGGUGUUGUGGCACAGGUGGAUUGCGGUGGUCGACCGGUCUGUCGACGACCUGAUUGUGCAAUGUAUGGGCUGGUAAUUGUUAAAUGAGAUACAUCUCUAAGAUGGACACUUGUGGUGUAAGGAGGUGUCGUAUCUGUCGUAAAUGGUAGUAGUAGUAGUGCCACGGAUUGGCAUGGCAUGGGCCCACUGCCUCGUGUAGGCAGUCACCGGUCAAGACAUGCAUUCUUGGGCUGGAGGCUCAGGGACAUACAGCCCUGGAUUGGUCUGGCAUAGUCCUGGUGCACUUUGUGCACGGGCGCACUUGUAUAUAUUCUUUUAAACCGACAGUACACGACCCCAGCCUUGCAGAAAGAGCAAUUCGUUCCCACCGCACUGUACCAAUGGCCCGGCCUGCGGGACAACAACAAAGAAAAGAAGCGCACCAGCAAAAAGAGAGAAGAAGUGCGCCCUGGCGGUCUGGAAAAAAGCUUCGCGCGCAGUAAGCCGCCUCCAGGCCCGAAUGUACUGGUGGCUUACAGACAUACAUACAGGUCUGGUAUAUAGAGUCUGCAGGCCGGGUCCAUGUUGCCAGGCAGUAGCAGGCAAGCUCUCAUGCAGUGGCGUCAGGUUCUGCGGAACAUACACCCUAAGUGUCCACUGCGUACUUCCUAGCUCUCGUCUUCUCAAACCAGCAGUACUCAAGCAAGGUGCUGCGGGUAGAGCGCCAGCCUUUUCUGGACGUUCAGGCCUGGCUGCACCCCGUGCGUACACCCUAGAUGCCGAGUACAUAUUUCCUAGCUUGCCUUCUAAAACCACCAGUACUUGAGGAAGGUGCACCGGGUAGAGCGCCGGCCUUUUGUGGGCGUACAGGCCUGGCUGCGCCCCGUACGUACACCCUAGAUGCCGAGUACAUAUUUCCUAGCUUGCCUUCUAAAACCACCAGUACUUGAGCAAGGUGCACCGGGUAGAGCGCCGGCCUUUUGUGGGCAUACAGGCGUGGCUGCGCCCCUUACGUACACCCUAGAUGCCCAGUACAUAUUUCCUAGCUCAUCUUCUUAAACCACCAGUGCUCAAGCAAGGUGCACCAGUUAGCGCGUCGGCCUUUUGUGGGUGCACAGGCCUGGCUGCGCCGGGUUUCAUUCAAAUGCGUUCAGAGGCCUGCAGACGAUGAAGGAAAGGUGCCAAGUGCUGGUCGUUUAAAAACAAUUACGACUGGAAACUCUUAAGCUGUCAACCAGCAGGUCAAUGUACGUACCUGUAAGUGACGAGCCAGGAAUGGAGUUAGCAUCCUCGAUCGCAGACGGGCAAGGGAUUGGGAUGCAGCGCAGCAACCAGGCUUCGAACCUGGAACCUCCCAUCCAGUCUUGGGAAGUGCAGGGAACAGGAUGGAGUUAGCGUCCUCGAUCCCAGACAGGCAAGGGAUUGGGAUGCAGUGCAGCAACCAGGAUUUGAAACUAGAACCUCCCAUCCACUGGCAUCCAGGCUUGGGAAGUGCAGGGAGCAGGAUCUGGACCUGAGAUUAUACCGCAGUGAGGCUCUGUUGGGACGAUUUCACCACUGCUGCAGUGGCAUCGCAGGAUGAUAACAUUUACAUGCCGGCCCGGCAUACCUCACAUUUUGUGGGAAACCGUAUUUCAUUUCAUUUCAUUCGAUUGCCUGGACCGCAAACUUGCAGUAACAGCAGUUGUGUGCCUGUCAUGGCUGGCAGCCAUUCGUGGAAUACGCCUAUCAAAGGCGAUGCGAGGAAGUACACGCUCCCUCAGAUGUAGGGGCUGACGGCAAGGUGCAUGCCUACCAUGGCUGGCAGCGAUUCGUGGAAGACCCCUGUCGAGGAGGUGCACCCUUGAAUGAAAGCAGUCGCCCCCUAAAAGCCGGCAGAGUCAGGGCGGGGUGGGGGGGCCAGGCGGGGGUUAAUAAAUCCGCCUGUGUCGCCAUUCAGUUCCACAUGUGGUGGUCAUAUCAAAUCCAGGCGCGAAGGCGAUAUCUUCUCCAUGGCAUGAUGUCGAUAUUGCAAGCCACUGAUUGUUCAAUGAAUAGAUACAAGUCUACAUGUCUCAUGUGCAUGGCCGUGAGUGCAAGCGGCGAAUGGCUAUUACAUGAGAGAGGAGUAAAAGGGCAAUGCCAAGACGGUGAGACAGGCGGCAACGCAUUUACUCUCUCUCCUUUGCCUGGUAGUUCGUUCAAAGGGCCAAGCAAGGGCUGUCAGAGGUAGUGACUCUGAGGCUGGUGAAAGGGCAAUGUGGAGAUGGCGGUGCAUUCCAAUAAGCCUUAGGAUAUCUGGUCACACAUGCAAUUUGAAGUUGUAUGAUGGCGAUAUGUGACAUGCCAGUCAGGGCAAGCAAGGGCUCUUGGAGAGGGCCUCUUCCUAGGGGUCACAGAUUGCCAAGGCCUCUUGGGAGGGGUCAGAGGGUAGAGUGUGAAGGAGAGCAGUGCAGGGUGAUGGCAAAAAGUUGUUUUGGGGCCCAUCGUUUGUUUUAUCCAUGCAGUGAAGUUGAAGGACGAUGACAUUUACGUGGCUAGCAACUUAUAAUACCUUUCUCCGCCUUUCGGAUAAAAAUAGAUUGUGUAG